AUGCAUCACACCCAGAAUGUCGACUACUCAACCGGUGGGAGAAGGAGGUCUGAGACCUUCAGGAAUGUUGUCCUGGAUGUUGAUGUCCUCUUCCACGAGACUGUACCAGGACUACUGAUCUGUGAUGAAAACAGGAAGGCCGUCCGCCAAAUACAGGAAUCUUUAGCUCAGUAUAGUAAAAAGUGGAUUCCACAACUCUUCGGUCGGAGACGACCUGGGACUCAGUCAGAAUCAGUCUCUGACAGCAGCAGCAAAGUUAAGGUCCAUAAAGUCACUACAGGAGAAACAUUUGGAGCAGAAAAGCAGCUGCUGAGACAAAUUAAAGAUGGGCUACAUGUGAAGUUCAAAAGCCCACAGAAGAGUGAUGUCAUCAUUGUCUUCUGUCCAAUCAGCUCUCGUGUUGGGUCAGAUGUGGAAGCAGCCAUGAGGAAGGUUUCAGAUAAUAAAAAGAUCAUUCUGGUUGUGAUGCAUCACACCCAGAAUGUCGACUACUCAACCGGUGGGAGAAGGUGGUCUGAGACCUUCAGGAAUGUUGUCCUGGAUGUUGAUGUCCUCUUCCACGAGACUGUACCAGGACUACUGAUCUGUGAUGAAAACAGGAAGGCCAUCCGCCAAAUACAGGAAUCUUUAGCUCAGUAUAGUAAAAAGUGGAUUCCACAACUCUUCGGUUGGAGACGACCUGGGACUCAGUCAGAAUCAGUCUCUGUCAGCAGCAGCAAAGGUAGGAAUCCAGAUUAA